GGAUGGUCAUAUUGAACACAGCUCGUCGCAGCGGAUUGGGAGAAAGGUAUAACUAACAGUCUACAUGCAACUGCAAUAGGAGUGGUCAAUGCGAUCUUCGACGGCGCAUGUCUCGUCAAUCUGAUCCAUGAUCUGCCCUCUUAUUCAUCUAUGGAUGACCUCGGGGAGAUGUUCCAGACAUACUUUGAGAAGCGAUAUCCGGCAGCCCGGAUCGCGAUCGAGGGCAGCAGCCAGUUUGCAAGGCUCUUUAAUGAUCAGUCUCAAGUCGAGGAAGAUGGUCGUGUGGUCAUGUUUAACAGCGUCCCACGGUGGUUACAGCGAUGGACAUUAGACAGGACGAAGCGGGUCGACCCAAAGCUGGAUUUCGUUCUUUCAAAAAUGUCGCGAUCGCCCUCGCUACAUUCGUUUUCGACAGUCCUUGAUGGCGUCAGUCCGUAUGAGGAAGGAGAUGCCGUGCUCACGAAUCGAUUGUCGACGCGGAGAAGGCGCACUGGUGACGUGGACGCUCUGUUCCAGUCGGACGAAGAAUCAUCGCAGGAAGAGUUCAAAGAAAAGGUCGAUAUAGAUUCUGGCUUGGGCGAUGAAAUCUUUAGAGGAAGGACAAUGGAGAUCCAGCACAGCGCUACGGUUCUUGAAUAGAAUUAUGACGCAAGGGUUGUCCUGCGCGAUGUGCAUGUUUAUUUGCUGUUUUUAAAAACUAUACGUUCUGCGACCGACGCGUUGUUACUAUCGAUCU